AUGUCGCGAUUCCCAGCGGCUAUAAAGACCUUACACGCCAGGGUAGCCCACACCAACACGGAUGCAUCUGAAGAUGAGAGCCAAGAGACCGACCCGCUGGGACUUACCACGCUCUACGAUCCAGCGCCUAGACAUGCCAUAGUCGAUAUCAUUUUCAUCCAUGGACUUGGAGGAAGCAGUAGGAAGACAUGGUCGAAUUCGAGCCGCCCGAGGUCCUUUUGGCCGCAAGACUGGCUGCCUGUUGAGCGGGGAUUUGAAGAUGUACGGGUUCAUUCUUUUGGCUAUCGAGCAGACUGGGGCAAGAAGUGGCAGCAACAGAGUAUCCUGAAUAUUCAUGACUUUGCCGAGUCUCUAAUAGGGGGGCUGAGAAACCACCCGAGUAUACGUCGGGAUGAUACGCGCAUCAUUCUUGUCGGUCACAGCAUGGGCGGGUGCGUUGCAAAAGAAGCCUAUAUCAUCGCACGACAACAUCCAUCAUAUAAGGACCUAGCAGGGCGGAUAUAUGGAAUCUUCUUCCUUGGUACCCCACAUCACGGCUCAGAUCUGGCAGGCAUCCUAGAGAGCAUGCUGAUCGUUGCUUGGGGCAAAAAGCCUUUUGUGACGGACCUCAAAUCUGGAUCAUCUGCGCUCGCCUUGAUCAGAGACAGGUUCCGCCAUGUUGCAGCAGACUUGGCACUGUGGACUUUUUAUGAGACAUUGCCUACAGCCCUGGGACCUAUCACAAGAAUCGUGGUGGACAAAGACUCGGCGAUUUUAGGCUUUGAUAAAGAAAGAAUUGAGGCUAUGAAUGCAGACCAUCGCCAUGUUUGCAAAUUCACCACCCGCGAAGAUUCUAAUUACAAGAUGGUACGAAAUGCCCUCCACACUGCCGUUGACGAGAUUAAAGAUGGGUUGUUGGAGUCGACUUUAUCACAACUUGAUACAGCCGAUAGUACGGAGAUGGAAUUAAAUCUACGCUUAAAGUCUCUUCUUGGAGUAUCCGAUACAUUGGAGGAGGAUCUUACAUUACAAUCCGAGCUUAAAAUGCCCGAUUCCUGCGAAUGGCUUACGAACAAGUCUUGUUUCAUUUCUUGGAAGGAAGGCGAUGCCCCGAGUAUUCUCUGGCUGACUGGGAGGCCUGCUACCGGAAAAUCCAUCCUUUCCAGCCACGUUAUUGAUCACCUACGGCCUCUACCCGUAUGCUGUAGCUAUUUCUUCUUCAAACACUCAACUACCAACAAAUCCACACUGAGCGACUGCUUUAGGUCUCUCGCCUUUCAGAUGGCAACUCAGGAUAAUCUGGUGAGGGAGAAGCUUAUGCAGCUUGAACACGAGGGUAUCGCUUGGGACAAGACGGAUGACGCUACCAUCUGGACAAAGCUUUUCGUCGACAGAAUAUUCAAGUUACCAUUCGAAAAGCAGCACUUCUGGGUGAUUGAUGGCCUUGACGAAUGCGGCAAUUUCGGUUCGCUCUUCACCAAGAAGCUUUUGGCCAAAUUACCACGUAAGCGUGAACUUCGAGUUUUCGUUACAAGCCGCAAUCUAGAUACAGUUGAGCGUGGGUUGGCAUCUCUCGGGCCUCAAGUGACUACCUACGCUUUAUCAGAUUCAGAUACCCUCGAGGACAUUCGGCUGUUUCUGGCCACAAAGCUUAGAGAGUUGGACCGCCUGGAGACAGAGGACGAUUUGGAGGCCAUGUGCAACAAAAUUCUCAAAAAAUCUUCCGGCUCUUUCCUCUGGGCUCGCCUAGUCUUGCAGGAAUUCGAAAACGCUUGGACUGAGGAGGCCAUGGAAGACGUCUUGAAGGAAGUUCCUGGAGAGCUUUGCGACUUGUACAGUAGGAUGGUGCAGUCAAUCGAGAUGGACAGGAGCAAAACAAGCCUUGCGAGGACUAUAUUGACCUGGGUGGUCCUAGCACGACGCCCUCUGAGUUUGGAUGAGCUACGGUGCGCUGUAAAACUCGAUCUCAAUCAGACUCUUCAGAACAUGAGAAGGGCGAUUCCUAGUUUAUGUGGACAACUUGUCUACGUUGAUCCAACAGACAGGGCGCACAUAAUACACGAAACAGCGCGAGAGUUUCUUCUCGAUCAGAGCCUAUGCUCCGAACUUACUGUUUACAAAGAGCGCGGCCACACUAACAUUGCGGGUAUUCUAACACGAUUUCUGUCUGGCGAUUGUCUUAAAGCAUUGCAAAUGAAGUCGCAACGGUCGAUGAAGAUGAAGGGAUUCGCCAAAUCAGCGUCCACAAUGCCUCUUGACUCAUCUCUGCUUGAUUAUGCGUCGACAUUCUUUUCGGAGCACAUAUAUCGCUGUUCAUCAGGAGAUGACGUAUUGAUGGAAGAAAUAUGCACUUUUCUCAAUACCAAUGUCUUAUCAUGGAUCGAACAUGUUGCGAAAGGCGGUGAUAUAAGUCACAUUACACGAGCCGCAAUGAACCUUCGCGGUUAUUUAGGCCGCCGAGCGAAAUACGUUCCCCCGACGGAUUUAUCUGUCAGCAUUGUCGAAGGUUGGGUGACGGACCUCAUUCGUGUAGCUGCCAAGUUUCAAUCUCAGCUACUCACAUCACCGCGUUCAAUCCACCGCCUAAUACCCCCUCUAUGCCCAUCAGAGUCUAUGAUUUCCAGGACCUUUUCAAGAGAUCGGCGAUCAGCGACGUUCGUCGUUAAAGGUCUUCCUGCUGGAACGUGGGAUGACUGUCUGAGCCGCCUCGAUUUCCAGAAGGGCCAAGCAACCGCAGUCUGUCAUGGAGAUGGCUUUUUCGCCGUUGGGCUGUCAAACGGAAAGAUUUUUCUUUACAACGCCGGAUCUCUUCAGCUACAUGUGACCAUCACACACCCCGAAAGAGUCAAAUUUCUCCAGUUCAGCCAAGAUGACGAAUACGUUGUCUCUUGUGGCGCCAAGUCAAUGGUCCUAUGGAGGCCAACAACAGGCAUUCAAUUAUAUAAAUUCCCCCUACAAUCGCCCCCUCUUGGAGUCACAUUCUUGGCUCUUGAUGAAAUUCUUUGCGCAUUCCAAUCUGGUAGUCUCACAAGAUGGUAUAUCCCCUCAAACACUGUUGUUAAAUCGUUAUGUAUGCACUUGCUAACAAUUGUUAGGAGCCUCGAGAGAUUCCAAAACGGCGCCUUAGUACUAGACAACCUUGAAGAUGACUACUCGCACACACAAUACACUGUGCCGCAACAGUCUCCAAGCUGUGUAGCUUUUUUGAUUACGAGCGACGCUAUCCUACUUGCUGUCGGCUAUCGAAAACACCCGGUACUGAUAUGGAACACGCUGGAGCAACAAGUAUUGGGCCAAUGUGUCGUUGAUGCAAACAAUGGCAUCGAUGAUAUGGUAUUCAAUCCCAACCCGGACAUCAUUGCGCUGAUAGUAUCAUGUAAUGAUGGGAGAUUAUGCAUUUUCGACUACCUAACGAUGAAGUUGACGUUCACCAUGCCAAACGUGUAUGCGCAAAGCGUGGCCUGCUCACCCGAUGGUCACAGUCUGGUCACGGGUGGCAGUCAUGGAAUGAUCGAAGUUUUCGACUUUGACCAUGAUUAUGAUGGCAACACUAUCCUGAUGCCUAUUUAUCGCAUCGACGGGCUAUAUGACUCGGUCCGUGGUGUCGCCUUCAGCUUUAACGGACUGCGCUUCCUCGACGUUCACUCCCAACAGUGCCGUGUGUGGGAGCCAACAGCCCUUGUCAGAAAGAACAAUGAACUAGAGAGUACCAGUGAUGCCGCAACUCUCCCUGUAACAACAGUCGGCAUGCUGAAUGGCCCUGAAGAACCGGAAAUUACAAGUCUCAUGGAGGUAUCGAGGGACGGCCAGUGUGUCAUUGCGGGCAAGCGGCGAGGAGAUGUUUGUCUCUUCUCUACCGCCGACGGAGCCGAGGCUUGUACACUUUACCAACACGCGCGGGGAGUAUCUGUCAUAGCGGUUGCUCUUGGAGAAGAGAAGAAUAUUGUUGUUUCAGCUGAUGACUCUGGCCGUGUCCUAGUCGGCGAGCUAGUAAUGUCUUUGGGGGAUAUUGCCACAGGGUUUCAGGGACAAAAACAACCAGCAGCCCGUAUCAUUCUUGACCGUCGAUUCGGUGGUGCGGUAGUGCGGUUGCUCAUCAAUGACACAGCCGACCGGCUUCUCAUAACUGGCCACAACUUUGAUGAGCUUUGGGGGUUGCCGUCAGGAUCAGUCCACAAACAGACACAGCAGCCAUCUACGGACGACUCUACGACAAAUUAUUGCGCUUUGGAUUGUAACAGAGCAGCCAGCUCUUCCGCCCGCACGGCGUUCCGACAUCCUGCAAAUCCAGAGUGGUUCGUAAUCAUCACUGGCGAUGUGGCGCGAGUCUUUCGCUGGGCCGACUAUCAAGAAUUGACUUCUACGGAGGGCAUUCGCCUUCAACGGCCGACGCCAUCCUUGGAGCCCAGUUCUCAGAGAGAGUCUCCACGGUCACCGAAAGCUCAACGAUUCGAACCUUUGCGACAUAACUCCGAUUGCACUUUCACAACGGCAUCAUACCAUGUCGGGUCUGAAUACGUCGUCGAGCUUCUUAGAGCCUCAUCUGCAGCGCCGCAAAUCCACUUGUGGUCAGCCGCGACCUUUGAUCCUAACUUACCAGGAACAUCGGCCUUUCCCAUCACAGCGCCUGGCCUCGGUGUUGUGCGUUCAUCUGUGCGGUCAGUCAUCGGAUUUGUAGGUCCAUCAACUCUGGUUUUCUUAGAUAAUGAUCUAUGGAUAUGCAGUGCCGAAUUGAAGCCCAAAGUUACCGGUAAAAAUGGGAAUAUCGGUAGAAUUCGGCCAUCAUCACCCAACACAAAUAUCCGUCGUCAUUUCUUUGCGUUGAGUGAAUGGUGCGAUACAGAGGGCGAACUGAAGUGUGUACUAGCCGCAGUCUCGGGGAUGACUCCGCACACCUACAGUCAGGAAGCUAUAUUUGCGAGUGAUCAUCGUGUUGUGGUAAUAAAGGGUGGAUUUGAGUUUUCUGAAAGGAUUACUGUAACGAAGACAUGA